AUGACAGGUUCUCAACUUCCAAAACUGGAAGCUGAGCAACCUGAAAUGGACAAAAUAUUAGGCACUGAUCAGGAUGAAGCUCAGUUGAGCAAAGAAAUCCACUUAAUUACUGGCACAGGGAAGGAGGAUGCUACUGCAUUGACAGAAAAUGUUGUACAAGUACCUGUACCAACGACCAAUCUACUAACGGUGCUGAUGGCACAAUUAGACAUGAGAGACAAACAACGGGAGCAGGCAUUAAUUACACAAGUUAAGGGCAUUUUGGUGGAAGAACGUCUCAAACAAGAGGAAAAGCAAAGAAAAGAACACCGCGAACAUGAACACAAGGAACAGGAGCAUGAUGCUCAAUUUCUUCAGAAAAUGAAUGAAAUGUUCAAACAGCAUGACAAGGCAGUUACAGCAUAA